AUGGAUCGUGAAAUAUUUUCAUGUCUAGUCAUAAAAUUGGGUCGUUCCCCUUCUCAAUCUCUUUUAGUCAUGGCCUUGUGGCUUUGGCUAGAAUACAUUGGUUAUCCUAAUCUUGUUUCAAAAUUGAUUGAUCUUCCUCGUAUAUUAAUAAAUCUUGUGGCACAAGAAGCUGUAUCUUGCUUGAAUUGUUUGGAGUUUGAUGAUUUUCAUAUCCCAUAUAAUGGUGUCUUGACUCUAACUUCAGCGUUAAUGCAAAAAGAAAUUUCACUUCAACUCUUCAAACUCAAAAAGUUCACUGCUAUAGCCGGUAUUAAAAAUGUUCUAAAUAAAAUAUGUGCUAGAAUUUUUAAAGAUAUUUUGUUACGUAUUUUGGGUAGUCCUUAUAUGGGAAAAUUACUACCUUAUGCUUAUAGACCCGUGAUUGUUCCCGGUUUUCCUCAUCGAUUAUUUGGUGAUUUUAAUUCACCACCAACAAAUUUUGUGCAACUUGAUUUGUCUGAUCCUAGGAUAUGGAAUAAAAAUAGACUAUUUGAUGAUGUAUUAGAUGGUGAAAAAACUAUAUUCUUAACAUUUUCUAGGGGAUUUCCGGUUACUGAAGAGGAGGUGAAAUUUGUUUUUACAAGCACUUUUGGGAUAAAUUGUAUCAAGAAUUUGCAAAUGGGGAAUAAAGGUUUACGUGACCAAACUUUAUUUGCAACUAUGGUUGUGAAUGAUGUGGAAACACUUGAUCGAAUUCUGAAUGGGAAACACAUUGCAAAGUUCCGUAUCAAUGGUAAACAUAUUUGGGCUCGUAAGUAUGAGCGUCGAGAAUAA